ACCAAGCUCAAACCAAAGAAAAACCCCCAAAAACCGAACUCCAAAAUCCACUCAAAAUCAAACUCCAAAUAUCAAUCAACCACAGACCCUUCCUCUCAAUCAAACUUCAGAACUCUCCAACCCCGAACUCCAAAAAAAUCCCCCCCUUCUCAUCUGAUUUUUUUCCUAUAUAUAUACCCAAAUAAAAUAAGAUGAAAUAAAAUAAAAACUUGAUCCGUCAAUCAGCAAUGAUGAAGACUUUGUCUGGCAUGUACUGUAGCGAGCAGAGGCAGGGGCAUGGCUUGGUGCAGAGGGCAUGAUUGCUGGCGCAGAGUGCAGGCGUGCAAGCAACGUGGGUUCGGCGCAGCAGGCGGCAAGGGCUGGUUCGGUGCAGCAGCAGGGGCGUAGGGCCACAGGCUGGUGCAGGGGCGAGGCUCGGGCGUGCAGGGGACCUGGGUUCGGGGCGAAGGACGCAGGGCGUGAGGCGCAGGGCGCGGGCUGUUGGUAGGCUUGGGUUUUUGGAUUUUGAUUUUGGUUUUUUUGUUUAAGGCUUAAAAUUGAAAAUGGGUCGAAUUGGGCCAUUUAAGAUGGGUUUAAGGUGUAAAUGGGUUUUGGGUUGAACUUUAAUGCAUUUCACCCUUCAACUUUUCAGUUCUUCAAUUGGGUCCCUUCUUUCUUCUUCUUGAAUUUUCCCAUUUCUUUUUGCAUGUAGCACCUGAAAGAAAAAUGAAGAUGUAUUAGUUAA